AUGGACUACCUCCCGAAGACGUCACCGAAGCGCGCGGCGCUCGCCUACGGCGGCGCGGCGGUGCUGGCGGUGCUGGUGUUUGUGGCAGAGCCCAUCGUCCUGACGAUCGCUGCGGCGAUCCGGACGAUACGCAUGUGGCGGGAGAGCUACGUGCAGAAGCAGCGGUACGAGCGCGGCGAGACGAUCUACAUGCGGCUCGGCGGGCCCGGCCCCGGCGACCUCAUGAUCACCCGCCUCGUCGACCACUUCUACCUUCGUGUGCUAAAGGACGCACGACUGGCCGAGUUCUUCAGCACCGUCGACAUGCGGCGGCAGCGGAUGCACCAGCGGCGGUUCAUCACGCUCAUCCUCGGCGGCCCGCGCUCGUACAAAGGCAAGGGGCUGUCCACCGCACACGCGUACAUGCGCGACGAGCAGGGCCUGUGCGAGCGGCACUUCGAGUACAUCAUGGAGCACCUCCUCGCCGCGCUCACCAAGGACCUCGACUUCCAGAAAGACAUGGUAGAAGAAAUCAUUGCAAAAGUCAUGGUGUUGAAAAACCAGGUCCUCGGAUACACCAACAACGGCAUCGCGGAGUCGUGGCUCGCCGUCAAGCGCGGCGCCUGCGCCGCCUGGGCCGACGCCUGGACCGGCAGCGACGCGUAG